AUGGUUUCUACGCGACACCAUCCCCGCGACUUUCCGCCUCCAUCAACGGGAAAGGCUUCCUCACCAUCUCACAACGAUGGCGCUACGAACCGAUGGGCACACGCCCCGUCGACUGCCAUUAUCAUUUGGCUUGUCUUGUCAGUCCCGCUAGUUAUCUGGGAUGCAGGCUAUGUGUUGCUCCGGCCGCAUAGCAUGCCAGGCAACAAAUUGCACUCCCCUAUUUGGAUUCCUUAUGCGCAGUAUGGAGCCAUUGACUAUCUCUACGGCUGGCCGGCGUUCAACGCUCGGAACGGGUUCCCAGCAGCACAGACGGUCUUGAACCUUGUGGAAUGUGUCGGGUACAUCUAUUACCUCUGGAUCGUGUAUAGGCACGGAGUCUCCGCGUCGGGCGGUCGCGGGCAGCGCAAAGCCAAAAAGGGGCUUAUUUGGAUGCUGAGAACCGAGAAGGUGGUCUCUGGCCGAACUGGAGCCACUGCCCUUUUAGUCGCGUACAGCGCAUCUCUGGCGACUCUCAGCAAGAGUGUCCUCUACUGGCUGAAUGAGGCUUUCUCUGGCUUUGAUAACAUUGGACAUAACGAUGCUGUAACUCUGAUUUUCCUGUGGAUUAUACCAAACGGUCUUUGGAUUGUUUUCCCUGGCUACAAUAUGUAUAUUUUGGGCGCAGAAAUCGUGGCUUCCCUUGUCAGCGCCGUGCCACGGCCGCGUGCUGGGCGACCUAGGUCGUAG